AUGCAUUCAAUCCGUUCAAAAGCAAUUUUCGCUACUUUUUUCUUGGUAGAAUAUGCUGCUGCCAUCACUUCCUUGUACAUUCCGGGCUUCGAUCCCCAGCCAGUGACCGCCAACGUGCUGGGUGUUGGAGCCGAUGGUGCUACGACGUACCUCAUUGCUCCGGGAGUGAGCAGCGGAACGUUCGACGACAGCGGCUUCGAUGGACCUGCUACCCUUGUUGUCGGUGCAUCUAGUGUUGGAUUGACGUAUAUCGACCCUAACGUGGGCAAUCUCUUUGAGAACUGCGGCAUCGCCGAUGGACUCGCUGUCUGCACCGACGUCAUCGAGCAGGUGGGACCAAUGUCCUUCACUUCUACCGUCGUUGUCACCGAGACAGUAUCAUCCUUUCCGGUUCAAGGCGGCGCUCCUACUGCGGUGACUACCACAUCAACUGGUGUGUCCACCGGGGCCACUGCGGACGCAACGACCACUUCUUCAGGAGGCUCCAACGCUUCGAGCGGCCCUUCGUCUUCCGCUUCUACUACGACCACCGCAUCCCAGAACAAGAACAGCGGUGGAGUGAAAACAACAUUUAUUCCUUUUUUCUUGAUAUUAUCGGGUUCUGUGGUUGCUCUUCUCAUGAUCUUGUAA